AUGCUGUCAACAAUCAACUGGAUGCUAUUGAACGCUAUCGGCUACAAGGAAAAUCUUUUCUCGAGUUGGUCCCGGUUCAAGGCUUUCCUUAUUGGGGCUAAUUUUACAGAAGCCGCGAACUCGAUCAAUGAGACCGAGAUUGGCACUUUAAGUGACGCGAUGAAGUCGAAGUCAACAUGUGGAUAUGAUUUGAGGUCGCUGACUGAUCGUACAUGGAGGACUGUAAACCAACUGAAAAUCGACAACCCCGGCAUUUCAGAAGAUAAUUUGCGACUGAAGAUGCAGAACACCCGACUAGUCAGGUCUGACAUUGGUAUCGUCACCAACAACUGCAUGGAGCAGCUGAUUAAGGAGUCCGACGAAGCUACAGCUUACAAAACUCGUGAAACAAUCCGCACGGCUUUCAGUGGUAUGCAUUCGAAAAGACACUCAUCUCAAUCGCUGUCACCGGUUUCGAUAUGA